CGCACACGCGCGCACGUACGAGAGAAUCACGAGCCGCCGUGUGUCCCAGAAGCGAGAGAGAGCGCCUCGCUCCCCUUCCUCUCUCACGAGGCACCACAUACUCACGCAUACGAGCGAUCGCCGUGGGCCCGUCCUCCAUAUCCAACGCGCGCAUUCUCGCUUCCAUCAGCUGCCUCUCUCUCUCCCUUCUCCUCUACUUCUUCUUCACCCCGCCGCCGUUAUCCGCCCCCUGCCCCUCCCCUCCCUUCUCCCAACGGUUGGUCCGCGACACCACCGUGUAUCUCCCGGCAUCAACACGGACACAGGCAGACGCGCCACGGCAGCCGUCCCCGGAGCGGAGCGUGCGGGUUCCACGGGGAUACGCAGGCAGGUCAGUUCGGAGGCUCGCGGAUGACAGCAGCGCGGGGAACGUGGUGAAAACGGGGUGGAGGAUAAGAGGGGGAGGUCGUGCGAUUCAGCAGCAGCAGCAGGGCACGCGUUUUCAGCACCGCCAAACGGCGGUACCACGAAGCGCGCGCGCGCGCGCCGUCGCUGUCGCUGUCGUUGUCGUUGUCGUUGUCGUCGUCGUCGUCGUCGUCGUCGCGUCGUCGCCCUGCCACCGUCGUCGGCGUUGAGGGAACCAGCAGCAGCAGCAGCAGCAGCAGCAUCAUCCGGGAGGUAACGCUCGCUCGCGCGCGCGCGAGACGGACGAUAUGCGGCGAAGUGAGUAGUAGCCCCACGCACGUUUCCGACGCGCGGACCACACGCCGGAAGGAAGAACGGACCUUCGAACCACCAACGAGUGAGUAAUCAUCGUCGUCGUCGUCGUCGUCGUCUUUCCGCUGGUAGCGGUUUCCCGCGACGUCCUAGGACCGCGAAUUUUCCCCGCUCCACCCCCGAUCAUCCGCGUCGGACGGCAACGAGAUCCGUUCCGUCACGCGCGUAUGUCGCGCGAGCCGCGUACUCGUACUCCUCCGACGCUUCCGGUGUGACGCGCCGUUCGCCGUUCGGGAUGAUCAAGAUUCGCGAGUGAGGACGUACGACGAGGAGCGAACCGGAAGCAGGAAGAAGAGGAGGCGGAAGAAGAGGGAACGCUCGAGGGGCCACGUGCGUGAGAACAUUCUCGAGAAGCAUCACUGACAGUUGCUGCCAGGGAUACCGUCCUCGGUCGGCACGGAGAGGCAGCGAGAGCACCCCAAGGACGAGUCGAAAAAGGUGGAAGAGUGUCACGACGGCAGCGCAUUGCCGGAAGAAUACACGCCAAGGCUAACGAAGGACAGCGCGUUUCGGCCAUUUCACGCGAACAGCGCUGUUCAUCGGCUGGAGAACAGCUGGUGGCCGCGCGAUCAAGAGGGUGGGAGUCACGCGAUAAGGGAGCGUGAUAACAACGCCGUCGUGGCGGGUGAACUGGUUUCUCGCUUCGCGGGCUGCCUGAAUAUGGCGGGUUACCUGAAGGCAGCGGGGGCAACCUGCGCCUCGACCGGAAACCCUCAUCAAUACCACCCACACGGUCACCCGAUGGGAGUCGGCACUCAUCCGCACCCUCACUCACAUCCGCAUCCCGGCGCGCAUCCCGGUUUGCCGUCGCACUUCGCCCUCACCUCGCACGCCCAUACGCAUCAUGCGCUCGAACACGGACUGGCGGCUGCGUUUCCACAGGGAAUGAAUCAACGUAAGCAACGUCGCGAGAGGACGACCUUCACCAGAGCUCAGCUGGAUGUGCUGGAAGGGCUAUUCUCUAAAACGAGAUAUCCGGACAUCUUUAUGCGAGAGGAGGUUGCUCUUAAGAUCAACCUGCCAGAGUCGCGAGUCCAGGUUUGGUUUAAGAAUCGUCGAGCCAAGUGCAGACAGCAAUUGCAACAACAUCAACAACAGCAACAGCAGCAACAGCAACAACAGCAGACCCCUCCGUCAAAGGGUUCGCCCAGAUCGAAUCAGAAUCACAGCAAUAGCAGCACCGGCAGCAGGAUAUCGACGAGCUCAUCGACGACGCCCAGCAGGCGAUCCUCGCCGGAUUCGCCAGCGCAAGGUAGGGAAGCACCAGUAGCAGGAAAUUCUCCGCUAUCGACUCCACUCCUAUCGACACAGUCGACGUAUCCUCGGGUUGGAACGACACCAACUGGCGGCAGCGGGGCCAACAGCAAUCUGACAACCCCGUCGCCGCCGUUGACACCGAGCUCCAACCAAUUGCAGCCGUCGUCCUAUCCGAGCGCGAUGAAUCAGAUUCAUCACGGUGAGACUUACAGCUUCGGCUGGAGCUCGGCGGGAUCUGCCUCUGUGAACCACAGUCAAUACGCCGGCCAAGGUUAUAACGCUUACGCCCAAACCCCGGGCGUGUACGGUGGCGAUUAUUAUCAAGCUCAGAUUCCCCACAUGCACCAUAGCCCGCAGGCUAACUACCAUCACCCGCAGUAUCAUCCUAAUAUGACGCUCACCCCGUCCAUGUCACAUUUGACCAGUCAUCAUCUGAAUCCGGUGACUAGUCAGACGCAAGCUACCAGCAACGAUAUAGCGGUUGCUGCUGCUGCCGCCGCUGCUGCCGCCGCGUCGAGCGACGAAGCCACCGGUUACGUGCUGCCUGAACAGAAGUAUCCGCCGUUAGUAUAGCGGUCCAGCAGGUCCUCCGGGAUCUUUCAACGGGGCCAGGAGACCGCGAGCACGGCCGGUACCUCAAUGCCCUACCAUUGGCGAUUGAACACGGCGAUUUGUCAUGAAAUCAAUGGCAAUCUGGACUCCGACGACAACUGAUCGUCCGGGGAUUUCGCUAAAACAAUUCGCUAGACGUGCUCCAGACUUGAUGGGUAUGAUAAUUCGAAUCAGUGCGCGAAUCAAUUAUACGAACGUUCUGUAUUCGAAAUGACUGUGACGACAGAUUUAGCCAAUACCGCAGCAAUCGCGUAUAUAUAUCCCUCACUAAGCUUAAAACAAAAAGAAACAAUAAUGACAACUUAAUUUUAAUUCGAUAUUAUUUUACAGUUAUUGUAAAAAUUUUCCCAAACAAUGCGCAUGCACCUGCGAAUAAAAUCGAAAACAAACCUAUGAAAAUACACAAUGAAAAACAUUUGAAUUAUAAUUUGAAUUAUAAUUUGAAUUAUACUUAUAUCAGAACUGAUCCUCGUUAAAAUUAAAAUUACAAUUUUUGAGUUUUUAGCAUUAGUGUUAAUUUAACAUGUGAUAAUGUUAUUUAAAUAUGUAUUUGACAUUUCUUUGCGUUAAAACAUAAAUUAAACAUAAUUUAUAAGUAAAUAAACAACAUAAAAAUUAUGUAGUUUUGAAAUGUUAUUUCUAAGUUACAGCAAUAAAAUAUACGUAUCAA